AUGAGCUCCCGAGAAGGCCGUCCAGCCAAAGUGCUCAGUUGCUCCAACUGUCGCACACGCAAAAUUAAAUGCGACAAGAUUCAACCGUUCUGCGGACAAUGUUCUCGAUUUGGGCUCGACUGUGUAUUUCCUUCAAGAAAACCAACCAGGCGCGCUCCGAGACCCCGUCAGAGUGAACUGCUUGAUAGGAUCAGUCGUCUUGAAAACAUCGUCAAUCAAGCUGACCCCGCCAAAUUGAAGCAGUUGGAUGAGGAGAAUAUUCAGUCUCCACCAGGUACAACUUCUUUGUCCGCCACCUUGGAUGAUCACUGUGAUGAGUCCCAGGCUGUAGCUACUCAGGCUGCUAAUGUAGAGGCUGGAGAGCAGUAUCUCAGCUCAGGUUUCUGGGGGAACCUGUGUGCUGAGGUUGAGGGCAUUCGACAAGCGUUGAACCAGCCCUCUGAGGAGAGUGACGAUGAGGAGGAGGGUGAAAGCCCGGAGUCUCUGGACACUCCCUCCACGGGUCCGUCGGGAUAUUUGCUUGGAAAUUCCGAUUACAGCUCGCGGCAGCCAUUAAUACAUCCUCACCCGAAUAUGAUGAUACGACUCUGGACAAUCUAUUCACGCAAUGUCGAUCCUCUCAUGAAGAUUCUACACCGUCCGACCAUGGGCAAGCAUUUCCAAGCUUACAUCGAGUCACCAUCAACUCACCGAUUUACUCCAGAAAUCAACGCUGUUAUGUUUGCUAUAUACUUUUGCGCAGCCGCUUGUUUGACACCAGAAUCUUGUUUCAAGCAGCUGGGGGAGAGUAAAGAGGUUCUUACAAGACGAUACCGCGUGUCUGUGGAACGAGCGCUUGCCGAGGCAGACUAUCUCAGUACCACCAAGCUCGAAACUCUACAAGCACUCACGCUUUAUACCAGCAUGAUUCGUGUGCAUCUGCAUGACCGGACGUGUUGGGUUCUCACAUCACUGGUUGUCCGUAUUGCUCAAGGUCAAAACCUUCAUCGGGACGGUGACGGCCACCGUUUUACACCGUUUGUGGCCGAGAUGAGAAGACGUCUAUGGCACUUCAUCGUUGUUCUUGAUAUCCGUGGCUCCGAAGACAGAGGCUCGGGUUCAACACUUGUCCGAUCUAGUUGGGAUACCAUAGAGCCUACACCGAUUGAUGACGUUGACUUUGGCCCUGACUCGCCUGGGCCUCUGAUCUCCAAGUCAACGCCUGCCGACAAUGUUGUUUGUCUGUGUACAGCCAUGUGCUCAAGUAUCUUUGGAUUUCUUUCUCAUCCACGAUACAGUUCAAAAGGCGAACCCGAACACUUCCUGUACACAGAAGAUCAGCUUAUAUCUCACAUCCGUCAACUGGAGAACUCCUUCAUCCAUACCGCCAGACCCUCUCAUCUUCCUUCUGUCUACGCUGCCGAGAUCGCCCGUAUUGUCAUUCUCAAGCUCUGGCUCAACAUCCAAUACCCGUUCAACGGUGGCCCGGCUCCCGAUAGGCCUCGUGUGUCCAAGGAGACCAUGCUACGUACUGCAAUCUCUAUCAUCGAGCUGCGCGAGCGAAUGACGAAGAACCAAUGGGAGGACCGAUUCGCUUGGUGGACAGACACCUAUGUGCAAUGGCAUCCCCUGGCAGUUGCAUUAGCUGAGCUUUGCGUGCAAACCGAGGGAGAAUUGGUAGAAAAGGCAUGGGUUGUUGUCGAGAGAACGUUCCCUUCAUCACGAGAGCACAUUGCAGACACAGCCAAAGGUUCGCUUUGGAGACCUAUCAAAAAACUUUUGAAGAAGGCGAGAGCCGCAAGAACAGAAGCGCUGCUGAAGCAGAUGGACCUCAAUGGCAACUUGGAUCUGAACCCUGCAGUGUCUUUCAUGCCUCCGAAUAUGGAUAUGCCUCAGCCGUUGCAGUUUAACCCAGCUCAACAGAUGACAAACAUCCCGGUGUCAGGGCCAGGCAUGACGCAGCAGUACGACACGAGCAGUAUGAACCCUUCAAUACUGUUCGAUCCGCCAGAGGUUUUGAACCUCGACUUUGGAAUGGGGUUAGAGCAAGGUGUGCCUAUGGAAUGGUCAUACUGGACAGAGUUUUUCAACGAUACACAGAUGGAGACUUCUCCAGGAAGCGGGACAGGCGAAUCUUUGUAA